AUGUCUGGUGAAGCGUGGCUCUACCUGUUGGCGGUGUUGAUCAAUGCCGUCAACCUGUUCCUCCAGGUUUUCUUCACGAUCAUGUACAGUGAUCUGGAGUGUGACUACAUCAACCCGAUCGACCUUUGCAACCGCCUUAACGCCUACAUUAUCCCCGAGGCUGCCGUUCACGCUUUCCUGACAUUCCUCUUUGUCAUUAAUGGCUACUGGCUCGCUAUUGUCUUGAACUUGCCUCUCCUGGCCUUCAACGCCAAGAAGAUCUACGACAACCAGCACCUCCUGGAUGCGACUGAGAUCUUCCGCAAGCUGAAUGUGCACAAGAAGGAAUCGUUCAUCAAGCUUGGCUUCAGCCUCUUGAUGUUCUUCUUCUACCUUUACAGCAUGAUUGUUGCUCUGAUCCGCGAUGAGGGACACUGA